CUUCUUCAUCUCUUCGCUCCCACUCCUCCCCCCACCAUUCCGAAGCUUCCACGCCUCGCCUCUCCGAGGCCAGAUCCGCGCCGCGCGAGGACAGGCGCACGCUCUGGUCGAGGGCGGCGCGGGGAGGCGAGGUAGCUUCGGCCGGGGGAGGAGAGAGAGACAGGCGGGCGGGCGGGCGGGCUAGCUACCUAAGCUGCGGCUGCGAUGGCGGUGGAGAAGACGGCGCCGGGCGCGGGCGCGGGGGCGGCGGCGGGGAGGACCGUGCUGGUCACGGGCGGGGCGGGCUACAUCGGCAGCCACGCCGUGCUGCAGCUCCUCCUCGCGGGCUUCCGCGCCGUCGUCGUCGACAACCUCAACAACUCCUCCGAGCUCGCCGUCCGCCGCGUCGCCGCGCUCGCGGGGGACCACUCCCGCAACCUAUCCUUCCACAAGAUUGAUCUCCGUGACAAGGGAGCACUGGAAAUGGUUUUUGCUUCAACAAGAUUUGAUGCUGUCGUCCACUUCGCUGGACUAAAAGCUGUGGGUGAAAGCGUGCAGAAGCCAUUGCUAUAUUAUGACAACAAUGUCAUUGGGACAAUAAAUCUUCUAGAAGUUAUGUCUGCUCAUGGUUGCAAGAAGUUGGUGUUCUCAUCAUCAGCUGCAGUUUAUGGAUCACCCAAGAACUCACCCUGCACAGAAGAGUUUCCUCUGACUCCAAACAAUCCAUACGGCAAAACGAAGCUUGUUGUUGAGGAUAUUUGCCGUGACAUCUACCGUUCAGAUCCUGAAUGGAAGAUUAUUUUACUAAGGUACUUCAAUCCGGUUGGUGCACAUCCUAGUGGAUACCUUGGUGAAGACCCAUGUGGAAUUCCCAACAAUCUUAUGCCCUACGUUCAGCAAGUUGCUGUUGGAAGGAGGCAAGCUCUGACAGUUUUAGGAAAUGAUUAUGCGACAAGAGAUGGGACUGGGGUCCGAGAUUACAUCCAUGUGGUUGACCUUGCUGAUGGACAUAUUGCUGCAUUGCAGAAGCUUUUUGAGAACUCUAGCAUAGGGUGUGAAGCAUAUAACCUUGGAACUGGAAGAGGUACAUCAGUGCUGGAGAUUGUUAAAGCAUUCGAGAAGGCUUCUGGGAAGAAAAUCCCUCUGAUUUUUGGUGCAAGACGCCCUGGUGAUGCAGAGAUACUGUUUUCAGUGACUGCUAAAGCAGAAAGGGAGCUUAACUGGAAAGCAAAAUAUGGCAUUGAUGAAAUGUGUCGCGACCAGUGGAACUGGGCUAGCAAGAACCCCUAUGGUUAUGGAUCGCCUGAUUCCACCAAGCAGAACGGCCACCAAACAAAUGGAUCUGCUGAUUCCCCCAGGCAGAAUGGUCACCACACAAACGGGUCAGUUGGCUCACCCAGGCGGAACGGACACUGUGGGUAUGGAUCAGCUGACUCACCCAAGCGGAAUGGCCACUAUGUGUAUGGAUCAUCUGAUUCCAGGCAGAAUGGCAAUGGCCACCUGCAAUGAGCCGAGUUGGUCUGGCAUGUGUGCUCCCUGUACAUUCGGUGUAUCGCGAACCCACCAUCCGAGAUUGAUGUGGAUCAAUGGAUUGGCAGGUCAUACAGUAUAGAGUCGAUGGCAGCAGAAUUUCAGUUUGUUGUGGGUAAAACCUAUUUCCUACGUUGGUGUUUAUUCUUUCCUUCUUUCAAACGUGGUGUAGGAAUGUGGUCAUAGUGUAUCGGCUGAUUCUAUUCGUUCCCUGCUAAUUGAGCUGCACUAGGCUCCAUGAAGUUUGAUUGGUUACUGUUUAACGGGAAAAAUGCAGCUGUGUAGGGUUAUUAUUAUUA